UUGCCAUAUCCUAUAUAAACACAUUCAAGGAAGUCUUUACCACCACAGCUCUCAGCAAAACUUACAAGUAUUCAAAGCUUUAUCUGCAAUUUUUGAGGUCUUUAGUAGUUCAUUCUUUCUUCCCUUGUCUAUAUACUAAAGCUAAAAGAAUCAUGGCUAUUCGUAUGCCUCGUAUAAUCAAGAAGUCCUCCACAUCUGGAGAUGUUCCCAAGGGUUAUUUCGCGGUGUACGUUGGGGAGGAGCAGAAGAAGAGGUUUGUGAUCCCCAUAUCAUUCUUGAGCCAACCCUUAUUUCAAGAUUUGCUCAGUCAAGCUGAGGAAGAAUUUGGCUUUGAUCAUCCAAUGGGCGGUCUCACAAUUCCCUGCAGAGAGGACAUCUUCAUCGACCUUACUUCUCGUUUGAGGAACUGACACGAAAACUUGCUUUAACAAUUUUAUAGAGCACUAAAGCAGGAUCUGCACAAUCUGUAUAGUUGAAGAGUUAGAGAAAACUGUAAUUAGAAUGAGGAAUUUUAGUGAACUUAACCCCACAAAGCCUGUUUUGUUAUUCAUGCCAAAGAGAUGAAUGACUUUUACUUUUUUCUACUUCAAAGAUAAUGAAGUAUUGAACUUUUUCCCCUUUAUGGUUCCA